CCACACUAACAGGUUCCUUAGUAACAGGGGUGUGCUCUGUAGCCUUGCAACCGGAAAUCCUGUUGGUGACAAAGCAGGUUUAGAGACUAACCCAGAGGUUCCUGCUGACUGGAAGAUGCAGCUUUCAUUAGCUGAAAAGCAUAUUGCUACUCUGAUCACAGGAGAGGGUUCAGAAGAGAACCUUGAUGAGUCAAACAAGGUUAAAGGUUAUAAAGACAUUCCUGGCAGUGUGUCAGUUGAAAAUGAAGUGAGCAACAUUUUAGCCACUGAAAUGAAAGAUGAUACUGCCAAUGCUGAGCAGAAACAUUCUGAAGUAAAAGAGACAGAAACAGAGCAAACUGAGACACCUGAAAUCCAACAACCUGAAGUGACAGAGAAAGUGAAAGAAGAGGAAACAUCUAGGGAAAAGACUGAAACAGAUCAAGAGAAAUGCGAGCAGAAAGACCCUGUUACUGAAGGAACAGAGCAAAAUAGUGAUACAACCUCUGAGGAAAAGAAAGAACCAAAUGUGAUCUUGAGGGCAAAUAAGGUUGCAAUAUGGACUCAUUCAGGUUUAGAUUCAGAGCUACGACCUGAAUUUCCACCAGAUCACCUUCCCCUUUCUGUACUUCCUUAUCCUAAUCGUAGAUUAUCUUUAGGGUUAGAUUGGGAGAAGGGUGGGUGGGAAGGGGAAAGUUUGGGUCAAGGUGGAUUUUGGUCCAGAGAGAGGCGGUCCCUUGAUGCUGAGAGAUGGGGUAUUGGUGGAGAGACUUGGGGUUUAGACAAUGAUAGACAGGAAGGAGGUGGUGAAAAACUGGGUCUGGGGGGUUGGCGUGGAUGUGGGAUUGAUGGCCAAGGCACAGAUGAUUCAGACUGGGAAGUAGAUGAAAAUACCCAAGAGUCAGGUUCAGACAGAAAUAUAAUAACACUUAAGCCUGAGCAGGGUCUUGGUGAAGACAGUAGCAGUCCAGUCUCUAGCACUGAUCAAGUGGAAAAAGAUAAAACACAAGCUGUUGCUAGCCAAGGCAUUGAUAAGGGUCGGAUUCAAGGUCCAGGUGAAUGUCAGGUUUCAAGUGUAGAUCGACGGACCCGUGGACUUUCCCAUAGAAUAGAGGCUCUUUUUACAGCCCCACCCGGGCAUGGCUCAGAGGAGAGACUUGCCCGCAUGAGGGAGGUGGACACUGUCUCACGAAUGAGACGCCUUAGCCUCCGUAGUUCAGACUCUUGGGAUGGACUGCACGGGGUGGGAAGGUGGGGAGAAUAUGGAUGGGAGGAAGAAUGUCCCCUUCCUGGCCCACAGGGUUCUUCAAACAUCACAAAGGUAGAGGAUAAAGAGGGCAGUGCCCACCCUGUAGUCAACAGUGAACCUAAAGAAACAAAAGACGACCAGGCAACCCUAAAAGAGUCACAGGAGCUCAGCCAGAUGGAGAGGUCGUAGCUGAACCCUAGAGGUCAGAGGUCAUCCAACUAAGGGCCAGCCUCCAGCACUGUGACCUGGCUGUCUGCUAAAUGCCUUCAUUCUCAUAUGCUAUCGAAACAUCCUCAGACAUACACACACAUAUACACAAAUAUAUACAAAACAUUAGACAUAAACACAUUGAGCGAUGCAUUUCUCUAAAACACACAUCUGUGCAUAAACACACAGAAAACUCAUAUACAAACACUCAAAGUCAUUGUCAUGUAUGCAGACACUCACAUGCAUUCAGAACACAUUUAAACACCUCACCACUGAGACAUCUAAAAUGGCCUUCUACUCCGACAAGAGCAUUGUUUAUCAAUUCCACUCCAUGCCCAAUCAGUUCCAGCUCUGCUGGCUUUCAAAGUGUUGCUGUUCCACUGCCAGAAGGAGGUUUCCAACAAUGCCCCACCCCCUUCAUAUGUUACAGUUCUCAUCAUGCCCCAUUUUCUUUAUUUUCUUGCCCACAUCUUAGUUCUUUUCCCUGCAAUUUAAUUAAAGGUUGGUUUAUUAGACUUUAUCUGGUACAUUACUCAGAAAAAAAAGAAAUUAAAAUGUUAUUU